CAUGUCCAGAAUUCAAACUCGACAUCAACAUAACAAAACAUCAUGGCAUCAAAUCUAGUGCUACCAGGCACAGCACUUGGUGCAACUGAGCAGAAUGGCAUUGGAACUGGAACACAUAUUCACGGUCAAGAUCUAUGCGCUUCGAUUGCUGGACCUGUAAACUCUUCUAAAUCAACAAAACCACCAACGACGUCCGUCCGGCGCACAACAGGCUCCCUUCUUCCAGAGGUCGGAAGUGUGAUUCUUGGUAGAAUCACACGAACAAAUGCUCGACAAGCGAAUGUUGCGAUUCUUGCCCUCGGCGGCAAUGGAGAACACAACGUCUCCUCUGAUCCUUUCCCAGCGCUGAUUAGACAACAAGACAUCCGAGCCACGGAAAUUGACAAAGUCAAAGUCGCAGAGAGCUUUCGAGUUGGUGAUAUUGUGCGAGCUGUGGUCAUAAGCCUUGGCGAUGAGAGAAGUUACUAUUUGAGCACGGCGAGGAAUGAGUUUGGUGUCGUGUUGGCAACCAGCGAAUGGGGUAAUGCGAUGUAUCCCGUGUCGUGGAGGGAGUUCGAGGAUCCGGAGGUGGGUGUCAGAGAGGUACGAAAAGUGGCCAAGCCUGUCUGAAGCAGCUGUUGUGUAUUGCUUGAGGACAUGCCGAAUGCGGAGGGAAUUUUGAGCGGAUACGCGUCGUCGGGUGGUUUUCUGCGAGA